AUGGGUUUGUUCCGUACCUGUAUUCUUUUAUGUUCAUUAGUGUUCUUCAAUAUCCAGAAGGGAAGUUAUUGCAGAGGUGAAACCCAGGCUGCCUCUAGUAGUUUUGCUAAAACAAAUGGAAACCAUUUUGUUAUGGAUGGGAGAUCAUUCUACUUAAAUGGUUUCAAUGCAUACUGGAUGAUGUACAUGGCAGCUGACCCCUCGACAAGAGCCAAGGUCACUUCUGCAUUCCAACAAGCCUCAAGCUAUGGUAUGAACAUUGCCAGAACUUGGGCUUUUAGCGAUGGCGGCAGCUACAGACCUCUUCAGUCUUCUCCUGGCCGCUAUAACGAAGACAUGUUCAAGGGAUUAGACUUUGUAAUCUCAGAAGCUGGAAAUCAUGGUGUGCAUGUGAUACUGAGCUUGGUGAACAACUUCGACGAUUAUGGCGGAAGAAAGCAAUAUGUGCAGUGGGCAAAGGAACGUGGCCAAGCCAUCAACAACGAAGACGACUUCUAUAACAAUACUGUUGUCAAAGGCUACUAUAAAGAUCACAUUAGGACUGUGCUCACGAGAAUCAACUCCAUUACUGGGGUGGCUUACAAGGAUGACUCAACCAUUUUUGCUUGGGAAUUAAUGAACGAACCUCGUUGUCAACUUGAUCAAUCUGGAAUCCUUCUCCAGCAAUGGGUGAAAGAAAUGGCUGCUCAUGUUAAGUCCAUUGAUAGUAACCAUUUACUGGAGAUAGGGCUUGAAGGAUUCUAUGGUGGAACAACCCCGGAAAAGAAGCAGUUCAAUCCUAGUAAUCAAGAAUAUGGCUCUGAUUUCGUAGCCAACAACUUGAUUCCCGAGAUCGACUUUGCCUCGAUUCAUAUAUACGCCGAGCAAUGGUUACCAGGGGCAAGUGAAGACGAACAAGCUAAUUUUGUGGACAAAUGGGUUGGAGUACACAUUGAAGACUGUAACUCGGUGGUUAAUAAACCACUAGUUAUGGGGGAGUUUGGCAAAUCUUACAAAUUGCCAGGGUACACCAUAGAAAAGAGGAAUGCUUACUUUGAAAAACUAUACGAUGUCGUUUUCCACAGCGCAAGCAGUGACGGAGCCUGCGCCGGCGGACUUUUCUGGCAGCUGCUUGCUCAAGGAAUGGACAACUUCAGAGACGGAUACGAUGUCGUUCUGGAGGAGAGCCCUUCCACGGCUAGUGUGAUUGCUCAACAGUCUCAUAAGCUAACUGGGUUAACUAGGCAAGAUAGUAAUGUUACACAGAGUACAUAA